AUGGAACACAGUAGUAGCAGCAACACCACAUCUGAAUUAACUACGGCAGAUGACUCUAAAGCCACAAUUUUAUUGAUGGGAUUAAGAAGAUGCGGGAAGUCAUCUAUAUGUAAAGUUGUAUUCCAUAGUAUGCAGCCAUUAGACACUCUUUACUUGGAAAGUACAUCUAAACCAACAACAGAACAUUUCAGUACAUUGAUUGAUUUAUCAGUAAUGGAAUUGCCCGGUCAAUUAAAUUAUUUUGAGCCGAAUUACGAUUCAGAAAGAUUAUUCCAAAACGUUGGUGCAUUAGUUUAUGUUAUUGACUCGCAAGAUGAAUAUUUAAACGCAUUGGCCAAUUUAUCGAUGAUCAUCGAAUAUGCCUACAAGGUCAAUCCCAAAAUUAAUAUUGAAGUUUUGAUUCACAAGGUUGAUGGGUUAAGUGAAGACUUCAAAUUAGAUACACAGAGAGAUAUCAUGCAGAGAAUUGGUGACGAAUUGUUAGAUUUAGGAUUAGAAGGGGUUUCCAUUUCAUUUUAUCUAACCAGUAUUUUUGACCAUACAAUAUAUGAGGCGUUCAGUAGAAUUGUACAAAAAUUAAUCGUGGAAUUACCAUUUUUAGAAAAUAUGUUGGAUAAUUUGGUCCAACAAUCUAAUAUCGAAAAGUGUUUUCUUUUUGAUGUGAAUUCUAAGAUUUAUGUCAGUACUGACUCAAGUCCGGUGGACAUUCAAACAUACGAAGUUUGUGCUGAGUUUGUUGAUGUGAUAUUGGAUCUAGAAAAUUUAUACAAAUCCACGGAAACCACUGGUUUUAUGGAUAAAGAAAUGAUGGGAGUAUCAAAAUUGAAUAAUGGGGUUUAUAUCUAUUUAAAACAAAUGAUCAGGGGCUUGGCCUUGGUAGGGUUAAUAAGAACUAAUACUACUGGUAAUAACAACAAUAACAAUUUCUUGGCUGUUAUUGAUUAUAAUGUUGAUAUUUUUAAAAAGGGGUUGCAAGAAAUCUGGGCACACACUAGAUUGAAUAAACAAAAUCAAAUAAGUACUUCUAGUACCUUUGUUGAUAACACUAAUGAUCCUAGACAUAAUUUAAUAACAAGCUCGAAUAUAUAA